AUGCAACAUCAUCGUCACUCCAAAAAUCUUCGUGGCCCCAUCCUUCCGCCAGAAGAAAACCCUCCACCGUCCAAUUAUCACCAAAAUGAGGGUGCAACAAGAUCAAGAGAAUACGGGCAGAACGACAAUGGUGAUGCUCCGAACAGAACUACGAAUGCUACAACCCUUCCAGAAGGACACCCAGAUGACGAGAAUGAAGUUCCGCCGCCAACAGCAAAUGUGUCAAAUCAACAAGGCAUAAUUGGAAUGCUGGCACCAAUUGCUCUUCCGUAUCAGGACCAACUGGUGGAUAAUGAGCAACAAGCUGUGAUUCCCGAGGAGAAUCGGUCGCCCCCCAUAACAAAUGCAAUCAUUCCAUCGAACAAAUCCUCGAGCGUCGGCACGCUAGCAGAAGUCUCGGGUAUGGAAAGAAGAGAUGCUGAAGAUACGAGAGGACCUGAUGGCUCAACUCAAACUGCUGACACAACGGAGGCUCAGACACCUGCUGAAAUAACAACUGUUGUUGUAACAACUGAUGCUCCUAUGGGUAAUGCUGAAACAGCUGAUGCUGGUGGUGCUCAAUUUGGUGCUGUUCAAUCAACUGAUGCACGUAUUGCUGAAAUUUCAAUGAAUGAUGAUUGUUUAACUGAUGUUGAAAUGGAUGAUGCUCCACUUGCUGAGACUCUUUUAACUGAUGAUGAAACUGCUGCUGCUCAAACCGAGGAGGUUCAAACAGCUGAUGGUGAAACAGCUCAUGCUCCAAUCAUUGAUGGUCAAUUCAUUGAUGUUGAAAUGGAUAAUGCUCAAUUAAUUGAUUAA